CAAUUCCAUUUAAUCCAACAAAAGAUAACCUCAACCUCAACGUUGGUUAACCAGUGUCGGAAUCAGAGCAGAUUGAUAUUACAUUGUUUUAAUUAUGCGCUUAUCUAUUAUUUUUGAUUCUAUUUCGUUGAAUAUUAAUUGUUAAUCAAAGUAAGUAAGCACUGCUAAUAAUUGUGUCAUUAGAAAACCAGGAUACCAAAGUGAUUUUGAGAGUGGCUAGUGAGCGAUAUUUAACAAUUAGCCUAAUUACAAAUUCUUAAUUGACUGACUAAAAUGGUUUUAAUGGAAAAUGAUGCGUUUCUUUCAGAGUUGACCAAGUUAUUUCAGAGCAAGCGUGGUACUGGAGCAGUCACAGUUACAAUGAAGAAAUAUGAUGGUCGAACGAAACCUCAACCAAGAGAUGCCAGUAAAUCUCCAACAGAACCCUCAGAAUACAUGUGUCUUCUGAGAGCAAAGACUAAUAAUAAGAAACUAGCCACCAUAGUUCAUUCAAGAGAUGUGAAUAAAUUUCAAUUGGCCUACUGCAACCUACUCAAAGGAAAUUUUGAUGGACUGAAAAAAUUGAAAAAGACAAAAUCAAAAUCAUCAAAGGCAACAACUUAUCAGUGAUGGUUAAAGUGGAUAUGUGUUUUCGUUUUUAAGUUUUAACAAGAUCUUUAUAACAUUUUUAUUAAAAAGGUUUUAUUAUGAUUACAUUUUUAGACUGAAAACAUUGAAAAGGCAAAAGCAAAAUCAUCAAAGGCUCGGUGAUAUUUAAAGUGGAUAUGUGUUUCUGUUUUAAAAGUGUUUAUUUAGCAUGAUCAUUUAUCAACCAAUUUGUAUUAUUGAGGUUUUAUUUUCAUUACAUUUGUUGCAUGAGGUGUUAAAAAGUC